AUCAAGAUGGCUGCGCCCAUGUAGACCACCUGUGUACGACUGCUGCCUCCUCCUCGCUUGAAAAGAUCGCCAGAGGAAUAAAAUGGCAGGUAUUUUUCCUCCAUCAUCAAAGUGAAGCCUUUAGUGCAGUCAACACGUACCAGUGGCACAUUCAGCACAUCCAACAUGUACAGAAGGAUUGUCAGCAAGGGGAAGGCUGAGUAUUUCUACCUACAUGUCACAUUCACUACAGGGUCUCUUUGGCUUAGCAGGCGCCAGUAUUCCUGCAGACAUCUUGAAGUUUCACCAACCUAAGCGCAGUGCUGUGUUAAGGGUGCCAAGCAGCAUGGGGAGAAGAUGUGCCUUUAGAGUUCACCAGGUUACACCACAUCUAAUGGCUUUAUCAGCCAAUAGUCGGGAGUGGCAACUGUGAAAGGAAAAUGGAAGAAAAGAAGGCCCAGUAGUUUCACUUGCAGUAUGUUUAAGUUUGGCAGACAUGACUUGUGCAGACACAGGGAGUUUGCAGUAUAUAGGACAUACUCUGAAGGGAAAUAGUUUAUAUUUUUAUUGAAUGGUUGAUUUGAUAUUUGUGUAAGCUUAAAGACAGGAAUGAUCUAAGCAAGCUGCAAUGAGGUCAAAUAUGGCAGAACUAGAGGAUGGAAUCCUUGCAGUUAGUGAUGUACAGGACUUAGGGGAUGACAUAUGCUUACUAGUAAUAAAGGACAUGGAAGCUAGGAUAUAUCUCUGCUGCACAGGACUUAAGGGUUGCCAUACACUUAAUGUAGGACAUGGAAGCUAGAAUAUUACUGGAUAACAGUGGAGAGAAACAGCUCAAUAUGCCAGACAUUCAGGAUACUUGGAUUUCAUUUCAAAAUCCAGAAAAAAUUCCACAUGCAUAAUUGAAAAGAGGAAAGUCGAUAUCUGUGUAGAAAGGAGGUGGUAUUAAUUCCCAGGCAUUGCAGAUAUAAAUGGAAAACUACUGGUUUUCCUCUGUUAAAGAAUCCCAAAUGAGGACCUAAAUGAAUUAACAGCUUUAAGCAGUGGAGAUGAAGAGGAACAUCAAUAAAUGCUAAAUGCUUUCAGUGUUCAGUGUUAUGUUUAUUAUAUAAAUGCAGUAAUGCACAGUAUGCAGCUAAUGAUGUUAUAUUGUGUUUUAGAGAAAAAUGUAAUCCAAUUGUCUUCUGUGAAAGUGC